ACGCGCACGCACCGGACUCUCUUUUUUUAUUUUUUACGCACGGAAUAUCGCGCGGACGGGACGCACACGCACCUGUCCCGGACUGGCAUUGGGAGCGCAGCCCUUAUGUGUGGAUGGGACCAGACGGCGACCUCUCAUAGCGCUGCCAUGUUGACCAGUGAGGGGGCGCACACCGUGGACCAGGACAAGAUGGUGGCCGUGGCUAACGCUAGCUUUCGCACCGGCAGCGUCAGCGUCAGCGGGAGCAUUAGCGACGAGCCGAUGAGCGACAGCGACGUGGAGCUCGACGUAGAGGAGGUGGAAGAGGAUGAAGAGUACCUGUCCAAGAUGGCCGACAUGACGCACUGGAGCGAGGCGGAGUUCGAGGAGAGGUGCACCUACGUCGUCAAGGACACCGCCGUGGGGUCGGAGGUCACGGCGCCCACGAGGGCCGAAGCGACGCUGCCACGGAAUCUGGUGUUCAAGUACAGAGCUGAUAGCAAAGAGGUAAUGGGAGUGUGCAGCCGUGAGUACAUUCCCAAAGGCACACGCUUUGGGCCUUUGGUGGGGGAAGUCUACACCACAGAGAGCGUGCCCAAAGAUGCCAACCGGAAGUACUUUUGGAGGAUCUACGAGGACGGCGAGCUGCACCACUUCAUCGACGGUCUAGACGAAUCGCGCUCGAACUGGAUGCGUUACGUUAACCCCGCCCACUGCGAAGCGGACCAAAACAUGGCCGCCUGUCAGAACGGCAUGGACGUUUACUUCUACACCACCCGAGCCGUCGCCGCGGGAUCGGAGCUGCUCGUGUGGUACUGCCGAGAAUACGCCGCGCGCCUCCACUACCCGCCGUCAGGGGAGGCCAUGAUGCACAGGCUCAAGCAGUCUCUCCUGGAGGUUAAGCAGCAGCAGGCCACAGAGGAGCGCUUGUCUCCGCCCACCAGCGCCUCCCCCACUCAUGUGACCCCCACCCAUGUGACCCCCACCCACGUCUCGGCCCGCCCCAGACGCGAGCACAGCGUUUUGUCCAUCCUGCGUGGCACAAACUCCACCAAACGGGAACCCACCCGUCCCCUGCCCACGCGCCCGCUCUACCCCACCCCCCUGCACCCGGAGGACUUCUUCAAAUCGAGCCAGAUGCCCUCCCGAUCGCCCGGAAACCACUCCUCCACCACACCCAGCCCGACCGCGCGGAGCAGUCCGGAAAGCAGUCCACACGGGAGCCCGUCUUCUGGGCCGUACUACCCCUCUGCCCUCCCCUCCUUCCCUGGGUACUCUCCUCCAUCCGCUCCCUUCUACCAGGCCUCCACCUCCCCGUACUCGCGCUACAUUCUCCCCCAGAGCUACCCUCUUCCGGGCGGAGGCGUGCCCACGAUCGGAGGUCUGUUCCCCCGGAUGUACCCACUCUACAGCAGCCUCCUCACCCCACUCCUCCCCUCUGACGCUGGGGCCCGACGGUUCCUCCUCCCAGAGCCCCUCCACCCAUCCUCCCUGCCCACACACAGAGACUAUCUGCUCCCAGCUCCCAGCGCCUUCUCCGCCGCUACGUCACUAAAAGACAAAGCUAGCUCUCACCUGCCCUACCACAUGGCGCCCUCCAGUGGCUCCCCGAUGGCGGGAACGUCACCUCCCAGCGAGCGCGUGGCCACCAAGCCCACGUCGGCGAUGCUAGCUAGCCCGGGCGGUAGCAGCACGGACUCGGAUGAAGCCAUGAACUUGAGUAAAGCUAAACGUAGCGCGGGGUCGGCCGGGUACAAAGCGCUGCCGUAUCCGCUCAAGAAACAAAACGGCAAAAUCAAAUAUGAAUGCAACGUCUGCAGCAAAACCUUCGGCCAGCUCUCCAAUCUCAAGGUCCAUCUCCGGGUGCACAGCGGGGAAAGGCCGUUCAAGUGUCAGACGUGUAGCAAAGGCUUCACACAGCUGGCCCAUCUGCAGAAACACUACCUGGUCCACACGGGGGAGAAGCCGCACGAAUGCCAGGUUUGUCACAAGCGCUUCAGCAGCACCAGUAAUCUAAAGACUCACUUGCGUCUGCACUCGGGAGAGAAGCCGUACCACUGUAAACUCUGCCCCGCCAAAUUCACACAGUUUGUCCACCUCAAACUCCACAAGAGACUGCACUCCCGAGAGCGCCCCCACAAGUGCCCUCAGUGUCAUCGCAACUACAUCCACCUGUGCAGCCUGCGUCUCCACCUCAAAGGCUACUGCAUGGCCGCUAGCGCCCCCUCUCGCCUGGCCAUGGAACAGCUGCACCGCGCCAACGAGGAGAUCGAGCGCUUCGACCUGAGCGAGCACGCGGAGAGGCUAGACACUCUGCAGGGAGGAGCCGAGCUGGAGGCCAUGUUGGAGAAGCAGGUCCUGGGGCUGCAGUGGAGAGAGGCGGAGCUUAAGUACCACGGGGGCGGGUUCACGGCGUACGAUUCGCCCAAUGAAACGUCCGUCAUCAAAAUGCGCCACAGCAGCCCGUCGCUCCCGGUAACGGUCAAACAGGAAGCAGAGGCCUGAAAGAAAAAAGAAACAGAGAAAGAGACUCGAAAAGGCGCUUAAAAUGGAGGACUGUACAAACCACACGCUCAUAGGGAUUCUCACCCCAGUAAAUGCAGGAAAAAUUGGUUGGAAAAAAUGUCAUAUAUUACAAAAAACAUGAAAUUAUUGACCAAAAAAAUCACAAAAAUUCAUAAUGUUUUAUUAAUUAAUAUGAUUUGAUUUAGUUAGCAAUAUAUUUUGAAAAAAAAAUGUUUAAAGCAUUGCUGUAUGUACGAUAAAUACACUAAAAUACCAACACAAUUAAUUAUAAAAAAUACAUUAUUGAUAAUACUCCCAAGAUUAUAGUCAUUAAAAAAAUCACAAAAUUUGAAGCUAUUUAUUGAUGUCCAAUUUUUACAUUUUUCUUUAUUAUAUUUGAAUUUAAAUUUGGAUUUGAAAUUGCAUUACUGGGGUGGAAUUAUAACAUGGAAAAAGCCAUAUAUGACAUAGCUUUAUUUUUUCCACCAAAGAAAUGAUCUCAAAUGUUUAAAGGGCCCGUAUUCUGAUGUUUUCUGAUCUAUGUUCUAAUGUUUCCUCAUCACAAACAGACCUAGAAUUGUGUUUUGUUUCUUUCGCACAUGUUUAAGUUCUUCUCUGAAACAGGACAACACUCUGUUCCACCUUGUGAUGUCAUAUGGCAAUACAGGAAGCACUAUGUUUUUAAACUCCACACACCUUCACUAGCAUCAUUUAGUUGAUUUCAGCCCUGGAACUGCCAAUCUCUGCUGAACGAAACAUAAAAGAUAAAAGGUAGAUGCGAACUGAAGACUACCACUUCAUGACAUCACAAGGUGGAACAGAGCAUUUUGAGGUUUGGAGAUGUAGCCAGACUAAUAAUAAAGUGUGACUCAAACAUGUGUGAAUGAAACAAAAACACAACUUCAGGUGUGUUUUUGAGGAGAUAACAACAUUAUAACUUGGCUUGACGCUCACAAGAGUCAAUUUUGCGUAAUAUAGGACCUUGAACAAUUGAAAUAUGCAAAUGAACUCACAGCUUUAAGACCAGGAUGCGGGAAACUGGACCGUCUCAGUGGAUCUAAACCAGGACUGCGUUGCCCGGAGCAACUUGUAAAUAAACUUUUAAAAAAGACUUAAAAACCACUCCACUUUUCCUCAAAAUCAGGGACUUCCUUCUUCUCAGGGCGAACUGAAAGCGACCCGCGACUACUACACUGUCCUUAUGACAGAGACAAUCAUGUACCCAGGUCUAAUGUUAUUGUAAUGUAAUGUUAAUAUUGUAAUGUAUGUUUUUGUUUAUCCUUCUUAAUUUAUUGAUGAUUCUCUUCCAAAGAUCUUAAACAGUUUCAAAACACAA